GUCACUUCCGCUUUCAUUUUACAAGGACGUGUGUUAUUUUCAUUUUGUCUCCCAGAAUCUCCGUGUACAGAAUACAAUCAUAUCAACGAAAACUAAACGCUAAUCAUAUAGAUGGUGUAAAACUACAAAAUACAGACUACAUGAAAAAAGGACAUGAGUGUCCGUAAGGAGGUUCUUGGAUUGUAUAGGAAAGUAUUCCGCUUAUCCAGAAACUGGCAGUCUGCAACUGGAGACUCCAGCCAAACUGCAGCAGAAAAACAGUACAUAAAGGAUGAAGCCAGGCUUCUCUUCAGAAGAAAUCAGAAUAUCACAGCUGAAAAUGAAAUAAGAGAACACAUCAAGGAAGCAAAUAUAAGGAUUGAAAUGGCUCUGCAUUACAAGACUCCAUAUCCUAGGCAUGUCAACAUUCCACAAAAUGUGUUAGCGCCAUUAACCUCAAAACUCAAGAAAGCUCAGAAGAGGAAGAUCAAAGAAUCCAUUCCUUUGUACUGGAAAUCCUAUGAGGAUGUUACAAAAUAAGGACUUGUUCAUUGUUUUCCCUUUGACAUUUUCUUGUUCACUUGGAAAUACUCUGCAUCUUUGUACAUCACAGGAUCUAUAGACAUUUUUGUUCAGUGUGACAUCAUCUCAGAAGAAACUUUUGCUUUCUCUGGUAUAACAUUCAGUACAGAAUCGAUUUAUUUGUAUGAAUAAAGAAUGUCCAAUUUCCAAA